UUUUUUUUAGGCUUUUCAAACACAACUCUUUUCAUAAAAGCAAAUCAUGUCAACUUCAGACAAUGGAUGGCCCACAUCGCGUGUGAGAGCCACAUUCAUCGAAUUCUUCGAGAAGAAGGGUCACACGUUUUUCUCUUCAUCUUCAACCAUUCCCCAUGAUGAUCCCACCCUUCUCUUUGCUAAUGCUGGUAUGAACCAGUAUAAGCCAAUUUUCCUCGGAAUUGCUGAUGACAACACUGAUCUUGGCAAAUUGACUCGUGCUGUCAACAGCCAAAAGUGUAUUCGUGCUGGUGGAAAGCAUAACGAUUUGGAUGAUGUCGGUAUGGACACUUACCAUCACACCUUUUUCGAGAUGUUGGGUAAUUGGUCCUUUGGCGACUACUUCAAGGCUGAAGCCAUUGCUUACGCUUGGGAACUUUUGACCGAAGUUUAUGGCUUGGAGAAGGACCGUCUCUACGUUACUUACUUUGGUGGUGAUGAAAAGCAAAAGCUCCCUGCUGAUCUCGAAGCCAAGCAACUUUGGCGCGAUAUUGGUGUUGCUGAGGAUCAUCUUUUGCCUGGCGAUUUGAAGGAUAACUUUUGGGAAAUGGGUGAGACUGGUCCUUGCGGUCCUUGCUCUGAAAUCCAUUACGAUCGCAUUGGUGGACGUAACGCUGCCGAUCUCGUCAACCAAGAUGAUCCCAACGUUCUUGAAAUUUGGAACCUUGUGUUCAUGCAGUUUAACCGUGAAGUUGGUGGAAGCUUGCGACCACUUCCCAGCAAGCACAUUGAUACUGGAAUGGGUCUUGAACGUCUGGUUUCCAUCCUCCAAAACAAAAUGUCCAACUAUGAUACUGAUGUCUUCACUCCUCUCUUCGACACUAUUCAAGAAAUGACCAGUGCUCGUCCCUAUGCUGGAAAACUUGGAAAGGAAGAUACCGAUGGUAUUGAUACCGCUUAUCGCGUUGUUGCUGAUCACAUUAGAACCCUCACCUUUGCCAUCACUGAUGGUGGUGUCCCCAGCAACGAGGGCCGUGGCUAUGUCUUGCGUCGCAUUUUGAGACGUGGUGCUCGUUAUGUCCGCAAGUACUUCAACGUUCCCAUCGGUGCUUUCUUUUCUGGUCUUGUUGGCACCUUGGUUGCCCAAAUGAGCGAUGCAUUCCCAGAAUUGAAGAACAAGAUCAACGAAGUCAUCGAAAUCCUCAACGAAGAAGAGGAAUCUUUCUCUCGUACUCUUGAUCGUGGCGAGAAGAUGUUCGAUUCCUUCUUGAACAAGACUCUCAAGGAAGGUAGCAAGACCCUUUCAGGUGACGAUGUCUGGCGUCUUUAUGACACCUAUGGUUUCCCCGUCGAUUUGACUCGCAUUAUGGCCGAGGAAAAUGGCGUGACUGUCGAUGAGAAGCAAUUCGAAGCUGCUCAAGAAGCUGCUCGUAACUUGUCUCGUAAUGCUAGAGGUGGAAAGGGUGGCCAGGAAGCUGUCGCCUUGGACGUUCAUGAUUUGGGCGCCUUGGAGAAGAACGAUGCUGUUCCUAAGACGGAUGACUCUGCCAAAUACCUCAAUGGCAACCUUCAAGCCACCGUCAAGGCUGUCUAUUUCCAGCACGAAUUCCCUGCUACCACUGAGAACAUUCCCACUGAAGCCUCUUUUGGUAUCUUGCUUGACAAGACCAACUUCUAUUCCGAACAGGGUGGUCAGGAAUACGAUAUUGGUAACAUCAUGACUUUGGAUGGUGAAAACGAAUUUGUUGUCGAAAACUGUCAGUCCUUUGGUGGAUACGUUUUGCACAUUGGUUUCAUGAAGUAUGGUAAACUUAAUGUUAACGACACAGUUGAAGUUUCAUACGAUCAGCUUCGUCGCUGGCCCUUGAGAAACAACCACACUUCUACCCAUAUUCUCAACUAUGCUCUUCGUGAAGUUGUUGGUGAACACUGCGACCAGAAGGGAUCUUUGGUUACCCCCGAGAAGCUCCGAUUUGACUUUUCCAACAAGGGAGGCUUGACUAUUGAACAAUUGAAGAAGAUGGAGGAAAUCUGCAGUGACUUCAUCAAGAAGAACCUCAAGGUCUACUCUACCCCUGUUCCUCUUCCAGUUGCCAAGGCCAUCCACGGUCUGAGAGCCGUUUUCGGUGAAACUUACCCCGACCCUGUCCGUGUCGUUUCUAUUGGAUUCGAUGUCGAUGAAAUCGUGAAGGAUGUUUCCAACCCUCAAUGGAAGACCUCUUCUAUUGAAUUCUGCGGUGGUACUCACGUUGCUAAGACUGGUGAUAUCAAGCAAUUUGCCAUCAUUGAAGAGAGUGGUAUUGCUAAGGGUAUCCGUCGUAUUGUCGCUGUCACUGGUGAUGAGGCUGUCCAAGCUCACCGUGUUGCUGCCGAAUACAAGAAGAAGAUGGAUAGCUUGGAAAGAUUGCAAGGCGAUAAGCUCGAAACCGAGAUUAAGCUUGUAUCCAAGGAAUUGGAUACUCUCCCUAUCUCUGCUGUCAACAAGGCUGAGCUCCGAAAUCAAUUCGAAAAGAUCAAGAAGGCUCAUGUUGAGGCAGAAAAGGUCCGUUCUGCUGCUCAACAGAAGGAAAUCAUAGAAUCCUUGGACAAGUACUUUGAGGAAAACCCUUCUGCUGGUUUCAUUGUCAAGAACAUUGACGUCGGUAGCAACAACAAGGCUAUCGGCGCUGCUAUAAAUCAUAUCAAGUUCAACCACAAGGAAAAGUCUGUCUACUUGCUCAGUGUUGCUAACGGACGUGUUAUGCAUCAAUGCCUUGUUCCCAAGGACCAAGUCGCCAAGGGUCUCAAGGCUGCUGACUGGGCUGGUGUUGUAUCCGAAAAGGUCGGUGGUAAAAAGGGAGGCAAGGACGAGUCUGCUCAAGGAUCCGGCGAUAAGCCCGAAUCCAUUGAUGAGGCCAUCGAAGCUGCUUCAGAAUUCGCUAAACUUAAGAUUGGAGCUUAGAUUAGUUUAUAUCCAUAAACUAGCUUUUUUACAUGUUUUGUACUCUUUCUCAUUAUUUUUCUUCUUUACCAAAAUCUCGUUCAUCGUUCGAUCCUAUGCUUGACACGUUAUGUACAGCCAAUCUACAAGCCCUUAUUUUACCAUUUCCAAAUAAAACAGAUGGUUCCAUUACAAAA